CCGCCCCCCGGUGGAGCGGGGCCGCCCGCUGCCCGCGGAGCACCUCAGCGGCCGCCGAGCCGCCGCCGGCCCCGCUGCCGGGCCAGGCGCGGGUGGUGGUGUGCGGCGGCGGCGUGGUGGGCGCCUCGGUGGCCUACCACCUCGCCAGGCUGGGCUGGACGGACGUGGUGCUGCUGGAGCAGGGCAGGCUGGCUGCUGGUACCACCCGCUUCUGUGCCGGCAUCGUGAGCACGGCCAGGCACGUGUCCAUCGAGCUGAAGAUGGCAGACUACUCCAACAAGCUGUACCAGCAGCUGGAGCAAGAGACGGGCAUACAGACAGGGUACAUGAAGACAGGCUCUAUUUCGCUGGCUCAGACUCAGGACCGACUAAUCUCUCUGAAACGCAUUGCUUCAUCGCUGAAUGUAAUGGGGAUCCCGUGUGAAAUUAUCACCCCGAAGCAAGUGGCGCAGCUUCACCCGCUUAUCAACAUCCACGACCUUGUGGGGGCCAUGUAUGUGCCGGAAGAUGCACUCGUGUCCUCUGCCAACGUGAGUCUGGCUCUGGCGACUGCUGCCUCACGGAAUGGUGUCCAGAUUCACGAACGGACGAGCGUCAGUCACGUCUUAAUCCAGAAGGGUCGUGUGACUGGAGUUGAGACCGACCGAGGAAAGAUUCAGUGCCAAUACUUUGUCAACUGUGCUGGCCAGUGGGCCUACGAGUUGGGCCACUCUGGGGACGAACCAGUCAGCAUCCCGCUCCACGCCUGCGAACACUUCUACCUCCUGACACAUCCUUUGAAGGAACCUCUGGCAAGCAGCGUACCAACUAUCGUAGACCCCGAUGGCAGGAUCUACAUCCGCAACUGGCAGGGCGGCAUCCUCUCGGGAGGCUUUGAGAAAAACCCCAAGCCUCUUUUCACGGAGGGACGGAACCAGCUGGAGAUUCAGAACCUCCAGGAAGACUGGGAUCAUUUUGAGCCACUCCUGAGUGCCCUUCUGCGCAGGAUGCCAGAUUUGGAGGCCCUGCAGAUCAUGCAGCUAGUGAACUGCCCGGAGUCCUUCACGCCAGACAUGCGGUGCAUCAUGGGCGAGUCGCCCACGGUGCGGGGCUACUUCGUCCUGGCUGGCAUGAACUCGGCUGGUAUCUCUUAUGGUGGGGGAGCAGGCAAGUACCUGGCAGAGUGGAUGGUAAAUGGUUAUCCAUCGGAAAAUGUCUGGCCUCUGGACUUGAAACGCUUUGGUACUCUUCAGAGCAGUCGCACCUUCCUCCGUCACCGUGUGAUGGAAGUAAUGCCCCUCAUGUGUGAUCUGAAGGUUCCCCGCUGGGACUUCCAGACCGGCAGACAGCUGCGCACCUCCCCGCUCUAUGACCGUCUGGAUGCCCAGGGGGCUAGAUGGAUGGAGAAGCAUGGGUUUGAGAGAGUCAAAUACUUUGUCCCACCUGGGAAAGAUCUGCUGGAUUUGGAUCAGAGCAAAACCUUUUACAAGCCAGACUGGUUUGAUAUCGUGGGUUCAGAAGUCAAGUGCUGUAAGGAAGCAGUUUGUGUCAUUGACAUGUCGUCUUUCACCAAGUUUGAAAUAAGCUCCACGGGAGACCAGGCGCUGGAGAGUCUGCAGUACCUCUUCUCAAACGACCUGGAUGUGCCAGUUGGGCACGUUGUGCAUACCGGCAUGCUUAAUGAGAAAGGAGGUUACGAGAAUGACUGCAGCAUUGCACGGCUGAGCAAACGCAGCUUCUUCAUGAUUUCCCCUACUGACCAGCAAGUCCACUGCUGGGCCUGGCUGAAGAACCGCUUGCCUAACGACAGCAACCUGACCAUGGAAGAUGUGACCUGGAAGUACACAGCUCUGAACCUGAUAGGCCCUCGUGCUGUGGAUGUCUUGUCAGAGUUGUCGUAUGCCCCCAUAACUCCAGAACACUUUCCCUCUCUCUUUUGCAAGGAGAUGAGCGUGGGCUAUGCUAAUGGCAUCCGUGUGAUGAGUAUCACUCACACAGGAGAACCUGGAUUCAUGCUUUAUAUUCCCAUAGAGUACGCCCUCCACGUGUACAACGAGGUGAUGAACAUGGGCCAGAAGUACGGCAUCCGGAACGCCGGUUACUACGCACUCCGCAGCCUGCGCAUCGAGAAGUUCUUUGCAUUCUGGGGCCAGGAUCUGGAUGCCUUUACCACUCCUAUGGAGUGUGGACGCGAGUUCCAGGUCAAGCUGGAUAAGGGAAUGCAGUUUGUCGGCCAGGAAGCGCUGCUGGAACAGAAGCAGAACGGCGUGUACAAGCGCUUUACCAUGUUCAUCCUCGAGGACCACGACACGGACAUGGACCUCUGGCCCUGGUGGGGCGAGCCCAUCUUCCGCAACGGCCGCUACGUGGGCAAGACCACCAGCAGCGCCUACAGCUACACGCUGGAGCGCCACGUCUGCCUGGGCUUCGUGCACCACUUCGAUGAGAAGACGGGCGAGGAGCUGGUGGUGACAACUGACUUCAUCAACCAGGGCGAGUACGAGAUCGACAUCGCUGGGCAGCGCUUCCAGGCCAAAGCCAAGCUCUACCCCUUCAGCUCCCUCUUCACGCACCGUCGCCGCAAGGACGAGGUGGAACUGAGCGGCUACCAGAGGGAGUAGAGCUGCGCACAGACCCGCUCCUCUUCCCAGGCUGGAGUCUCCUGCCACCAUCUUCCAGUCCUCUCUCCUCACCCUGCAUAUUUCUUUCUCUUCCUUUCUUGUCUUGCCACUUUUAAACUUUUUCCAGCGUGUUACAUUUUGUAUAUUUUAAAACUUUAACUUUCAAGCUUUC